CACCCUCAGAGGUACUGUAGUAGAGACUAUAAAACCUGUCUCUCCAGCACAAUCACUCAGCAAGCAGUGGAUGCUGUACAAGAGAAGAGAGCACCUGUUCCCUGGAAAACAGGUCCCAAAUACAUUUCUGCAUCUUGCAUUUUAAGGACAUUUAAUGGAAUACAUAUUUGGAUGAAUACAUAUAUUGGUGAAGAACAGUUUUCAGCAAGUCAUUUCUAUAGAGCAUAUUAUCAUGGAGGGAUUUCCUGCAGUAUUUUACAGUGAACCUGCUGCGCUGGGGCUCCUUGCAAAUGCCGUUAGUGCUUUCCUCGUUUGUAUGCAAAACUUCUCUCUGUUUAACACCUCUAUUACUGCUGGAGGAGUGGAAAACAUUCUCGCAGGUGUUCACUUGAUCCUAAUUGGAGGUGUAACUCAGCUCAUUGCGGGAUUCCUGUCAUUUCGAAAGUAUGACCAUUUAAGUGGCACCUCAUUCCUGGCCUUCUCUGCCUUGUGGAGCAGCUAUGGGGCUACUCGUAUUAUUGUGGGCUCAGAAUCAGUUUCCCACAAUAGCUCAGCUGUGCCAACUCUUCCUCAGAUUCCAGUUAAUGAGGGUGCAGUGGCCGGGUUGGUAGCUUAUAUUUUCAUCGCGUUCAUCCUGGCUUUCUGCUCAGCGACGGUCAACUAUAUUAUGCCUUUUGUAUUUGGGGCCAUUACACUAACACUAGUUUUUGAGGCGAUAGGGCUGUUUGGUCGCUGGGCCCUGGUAGUCUCUGGUGUACUGGAGUUAAUAAUAGUGCUAUGUGGACUUUAUGGUGCAGGAGCUCUUCUACUAAAAGGCAUCACUCAGAAAUAUGUUCUUCCAGGCUUUGGCAAUUCUCUUUUCAAUGUCCUGCUUCUGGGUUCUGCCAAUCGCAACUCUUCAAAAAAUACUGGAGAAGAAAAGAAAAAAAAUACAAAGUAUGCUGAACCAAUGGCACUAGGUUACCUGUGUGACACCAUUUCUCCUUUCAUUAUGGCAUUCUACUGCUUUGGAUACAUGAAGACAUUCUAUGUAGGUUCCAUAUGGAUCAGCAUCAUUGUCCUCUCUCAGUUGUGUUCUAGCUACUACAGUUAUCUACGGGAUGAUGUUUACCAUGCUACGAAAUUUGCUUUCCAUGGUACCUUCUGGCUGGUGAAGUCAUGGGAAGAGUUUACCGUUACAGUUGUCCUCACACCUGGAAAUGUCUCCAAUAGCAGACAGUUGAUGGUUGGUGACUGGUUCUUUUUGGCUGCUGCAUGUCUAUUCUGCUUUUUAUCAUUAAAUAAAGACAUUCUAGAAGUGACUCACAAUACUGCAUUUGCCCUCAUGACUAUAUCCACAAUCCAGCAGAUACCAAGUGCAGCUGCUUACAUAUUCUUUGGAGUGACUUGCAGCAUAUUUACUGUACUUUCCCUUUACACAUCAUUUGCCAGUCUUGUUAAUUCAAUUGCAGAGAAAGUACUAAUACCCAUUGGGAACAUAGUGAUAUCAAGUGCCAAGUUUCAGGAUGCCUUGGUUUGGUGCAGACGAAACCUACAAAAGUCUGAGCAGGAAUUGGACAUCAAGGAAAAUCUCAGUUCUUGCUCCUCAGAUCCCCUGUUCUACAUCUGCAAUGGAUUAGCAGCACUGGCUGCUAUCCAGAGUUCAUUGGACCAUAACAUCCAAGCACAUUUGUCUAUUCCUUGGGUACUUAUACCUGGUGCUAUCAUGCAGCUGUAUGUCUGUAGAAUUGAUGUACAAGGAGGUCGAAGAUUUGGCUCAGUUCUGCCAUUUUGUUAUGCUGCUAUCUGGGCGACAUGGGUAUGGCUGCGUUUUGCAGGUUCUUUGCUCGGAAUCGCUACAAAUAAUGAUGGAGGAUUCACAGUCGGUGCAAUUGCUUUUUUAAUUGUCAACAUAUUUUUAGUUGCCAUUGCUUCUUAUGCUAAUACAGUCCUGAUUCUUCUAACCCUUAUGAUGGAGGCCGUGGUUGUCAGUUUCCUUCUCUUCACAUUGGAAAGACUUCCUCUUGAGCUUGAAAUAACGGUGCUGUCCAUCUUUAGCAUUAUUUGUCUCUACGGGUUACUGGCAUCGCUGACAAACUGUUUGUUCAACAAAGAGCUAAUCCCACUGGGACCUUCAGUGUUCAAGAAAGUGGAGCUAGAGAAGGAAGAAGUACCCAGCUCAUGUCUCCUUCCUGAGUCUCGUCGUACAAGCGGAUUGAGAACGAUAGCGACAAUACUGGAGAGUGGAGGUGUGUGUGGAAUUCCCACAGACACAGUCUAUGCACUGGCUGCUUCCUGCAAACACCCCGAAGCCAUCAGUAGGAUUUACACUAUAAAGGAACGUCCUUCAGAGAAACCCAUCUGCAUCUGUAUUUCUAACUUGGAGCAGCUGCGGGUGUUAAAUCCUCCAUUCAGUCCUCUCUUGUGGCGGUUCAUGGACUCAGUCUAUCCUGGAGGGAUAAGCUGCAUUGUGAAGAAGGGGGAAUGGCUAAAAAGAUUAGGUGUGGGGCCUGCCUAUGAUUAUGUUGGAACCCAAGACUCCAUUAUGAUCAGAGUUCCUGAUCACUCUGUCACAGCCCAUCUUACUGACGUGACAGGACCUUUAGCAAUCACCUCAGCCAAUCCAAGUGGAGAAAGCGAUAGUACUCACCAUGACCACGUGAUAACACGUCUGAGCCACAAACUGGAUGCGAUUCUGUGUGAUGGCUGUUCCAAUGAGCUUGUGGGAUCAACUGUAGUAAUCUGUACCAAAAUAGAUGAAGGGACUAUCAGUAUAUUACGGGAAGGCUGUGUGCCGGCUGCUAGGAUUAUGCAGUUAUUUGAGCGUGCUAAGAACAUGGAGGAAGAUGUGCUGUAGUAACAUGGAAAGAAAUGCUGCAUUGGCCACCGACCUAUUUACAUAAAUAACAAAUCCUGCAGGCGGGACUCAAAAUGUGUUACCUUGUUAAUAUGUUUACAUAUGUGUGAAAACAUUGUAUGCUCACUGUGUAUAGUGUUUAAAUUGAAAAUGAAGAAUUUGAAGCAUUUAUACUGUUUAACCUAUUUAAGUCAUUAUAGCAUAUGACAAAGUAUUAUCAGCAGUCUAAAUCAGUGAAAUGCACUGCGGUGGGGCAGAUGAGGCAGAGCCCUUCCUGUCAUACUAAUGAAUGCACCAGAGUUCUGACUAUAUAAAGUAUAUGAAAAAUACAAAGAAUAUAUUAAAAAUAUCUUCUUUGUAAUAUACUAAUUAUUUUUAUAUUCAAGACUCUGGAGUAGCAAAAAAGACUCCUUAACAAGAAGAACAGGCGCUUAGUAUAAAGUUGCUGCACCAAGCAGCUGGCGUAAAUACGGGAGAGUCACUCCUGAGAUAACAAACAAGAAAAUAUACACAAAUGGCAGCACUACUGAUGAAGUGAUUGGAUAUAAACAAUGUUUAAAAAAUGUAACAAUUUAUUAUAAUAGAAACAAUAAAACCAUUAAAAAUGGCAAUUUCUCUCCUCAAAAUACAUAAUAUAAAUGUAUACACCACAUUCAGUUAAUUUCUCUAUAGAUCAUUAGACCAAUACGUGUCUGUUCCUAUAUGAUAUGCCCAGGUAAGUCCACUAGUCGAUAGAGGAUAUAUUGUAUCAGCACAGUUCGGUUUGUAAAUAUUUACCGGUCACCAAUUUAGAGGUGGAAAAGCUUCCAUACAUGAGAGUCCAUGUUAGGCUUGUG